AUGGUGGUCACCGCCGGAAAUCUUCACGAUGACAAGGGUCCCAAGAUCCUGGCUGUACUGUGGACCUUGACGGGGCUAACUGCCGUUAUGGUUGUGGCUAGGGUCUACAUCCGGCUCAAGCUACUGCGGAACUUUGGUUUGGAUGAUUAUUUGAUUGUGGUUUCCAUGAUAAUGGGGUUUGCAUAUUGCGGAAUCUCUACAGCAGGUGUGGGUGUGGGUUAUGGAAAACAUUCCAAGUACUUGAGUACGGACAAUCUGGAGAAGGCCAUUCUACUCAAUACAGUCAGCUUUUUGUUCGGGAUUUUCUCUUUCACUCUUCCCAAGAUUGCUGUGACUUCCAUGUUGACCCGGAUCUUGAACCCCAAACCACUGCAUAAGGCGAUGCUGUGGACGAUGGUUGGAACCACAAGCGUCGUGUCUAUUACCUGCAUUAUAAUCUUGUUCACAAUGUGCGAUCCAGCAGAGGCAUUGUGGAAGCCUGAACUUGUCGCAGCAGGCGCCAAGUGCAAAAGUACAGCGUUACUCAUUGACUUUGCUAUCUUCACUGGAUCUAUCUCUGCUCUUGCUGAUCUAACUCUGGCCGUUUAUCCAACAACCGUCUUGUUGAAACUCCAAAUGUCUCUACGAAAGAGAAUUGCGCUAUGUGCUGCUUUAGGGCUUGGUGGAAUUGCUUCUGCGAUGGCAAUUAUAAAGUGUACCCAGCUGCAUGGACUUGCCGACAAAUCCGACUACACAUACGGUACUGCCGACCUUGUCAUGUGGACCAAUAUUGAGGCCGACGUCGUUGUUUUAGCAUCGUGCAUCCCCACCUUACAACCACUCCUCGAAAUCCUUCUCGGCAAACGAGCAAUGGGCUCAUACAGUCAAGGAAAGAGCGAUCAGCUCAAGACCAGCAGCAAUUUCCCCUCCUCAUUCCAUCGCUCCAAGCAAUCAAAACCGCACGAUGACCUCUGUUUCACCAACAUCGACGAUCAAGAGAGUCAAGAGAGCAUCCUUCAUAACGAUGACCACGGGAAAAAUAGCCUCCCACUGGGGCGUAUCCACCGCAAAGAUGAUGUGGUUGUGGAAUACGAAUCAUCUCCACCGAAACAAGGGCAAGGGUCGGCAUAUUCUCAUUGGUGA